ACUCAUGGGUAGCUCGUGUUUUGCAGCUUUCUCCCUGCACUGUAGUCGAGUCUUGGGGAAAGGUGCAUUUUGCUCGUAAAAUGGCUAGUAUUCAAGCAGAAUCGUCUACUGAAGAACGAUGUAACAGACUCGAUAUUAGUGAUGAGCAGCUUAAGAGGCGUAUGCUGAUGGCUGUUCCAAAGAAAGGGAGGCUCUAUGAUCAGUGUAUUAGACUGCUGGAAAGAGCUGGAAUAAAGUAUCACAAGAAAACACGCUUGGAUUUGGCUUUGUGUACCUCCCUCAACAUGGCUCUUGUCUUUCUCCCAGCUGCAGACAUCGCUCUUUAUGUCAGUCAAGGAAGAAUUGACUUGGGGAUCACAGGACAGGAUGUUGUGGCAGAAAGUGGAGGAGAAGUUCAUGAACUUUUGAAGCUUGGUUUUGGCAAGUGUAAACUUGCAGUGCAGGCAACCACUACGUCAAGCAUUACAAGUGCAGAGGAACUUGUUGGAAAAAGGAUAGUCACAUCAUUUCCAAAUGUAGCAAGGAAGUACUUUGCUCAAUUUGAUCCUGACAACAAAACAAGAAUAAAUUAUGUCAGUGGAUCUGUUGAGGUUGCUUGCAGCCUUGGAGUUGCUGAUGGCAUUGUUGAUCUUGUUGAAACAGGGGACACUAUGCGAGCAGCAGGUUUAGAAGUGGUAGCUGACAUUUUGGAGACAGAGGCUGUGCUCAUUGCAAACCCUAACACUGACUUCCAGGAUGUCAUUAAGACGGUUAAGUCAAGAAUUGAAGGCAUCAUCAAUGCAAACAAGUAUGUGAUGGUUGAGUACAAUGUAGAAAGGACAAACCUUCUAAAGGCACUGAAAAUAACUCCUGGAAAGAGGUCUGCUACACUUGCUCCUUUGGAUAAUGAAGAUUGGGUAGCAGUUCAAGCCAUGAUUCUUCAACAAGAGGAGAAUCAGACACUAGAUAAACUACAAGAAAUUGCUCAUGAUAUUGUGACAUUCAACAUACAGAACUGCCGAGUUUGAUGAUGGGAUGAUUUAGCUAUCAUGAGAACAAUAGCUUCAAACAAUUAACAUUAAAAUGUUGGAUAAUCAAAUGUGUACCAUUCCAGAGAUAACAUUUUGAUGCAAAGCAGUAUUUUCCUUUUUCCAAGUUAUAUUAAUAGCCUUAGAAGUGUAGGUGUACUUUUAAUAAGUGUAGUAUUUAAAACGUUAUCAAAAUACUAGUUAUUUAAUUUGUCCUUAACUUAACUAAAAAGCGUCUUUAAAGAACCAAAAUAUUUAUACUUGACACCCUCAGUUCUUACUAUAAAUAAUUUUAAUUUAAUAAGUAAUCUACUGAGAUGUACCUUCUUUUAAAAAGUCAAAGAAACUUCUGUCAAAACGUUUUUACAAGUUUCAUUUGAAAAGGACCCUUUGGGUAGUGCUAAAGACUGUUGAGAAUGACACAUACUGUAAUACUAUAAAACAGACACCAGCAAGAACCAGUAAUAUAUUUUUUCCAGGUUACCCUAAAAAGGUUCUUGUAUGUACUUUUUAUGUAUAUGUCCUGUCUACUGAGAAUUUAGGCUAUUUAGAUUCUUAAAAAUAAAUAGGUUGUAAGUUGUUCUUUUUAGAAGAGAAGGGGCUUGCCACUUGUACUGAUUCAAAUAGGUGUUGUCCUUUUCCAGCUUGCCCUUCAGACAAGCAGCUCUCAAAUUCUGCUUGCCCUGAGCAAGUCUUAGUUUA